AAAAGGUUUCCCCUUUUUAAUUUUUUUGGUUGUUGUCCUAAUUUUUAUAUACCUUUCUUUUUCUCUCUUCUUUUUUUUUUCUUCUUCUUCCUUAUUGAUAUGAGUUCAACCAAUGGAACCUCUAAUCCAUUUGCAACAGAUACAACCGGUGCACAAGCAGGACUUUAUAAAGGCAUUGGUGUCAGUCUAGCCGUAGCCAGUGGUAUUUUCAUCGGCAGUAGCUUUGUUUUUAAAAAACGAGGUCUUUUACAAUCUAUAGAGCAAUCUGGCGGUGUUGCUGGUGAAGGUUAUACGUAUUUAAAAUCAGCAAUGUGGUGGUCUGGAAUGAUAUUGAUGAUUGUAGGUGAACUAUGUAAUUUUAUUGCAUAUGCCUUUACACAAGCCAUUUUGGUAACUCCGUUAGGUGCCCUCAGUGUCGUGAUUAGUGCUGUGCUUUCAUCCAUCUUUUUAAAAGAGCGAUUGAGUUUUCAAGGAAAGAUUGGUUGUCUUCAAUGUAUUUUAGGUGCGAUCGUUAUCGUGCUGCAUGCACCUGAGCAAAGCUCUGCCGACACCACAAUUGAAACAUUUAAAAACCUGGUGCUUUCAGUAGGCUUUUUAGUGUAUGGAGGUCUUGCGAUUAUAGUCUCACUUGUGUUGGUCUUUUAUUGUGGACCAAGAUGGGGUAAAGAGAAUAUGCUAGUCUAUAUAUCCAUCUGUUCCUUGAUUGGAUCCAUCUCUGUGGUAUUCACGCAAGGUCUAGGUUCAGCCAUUGUGCAUUCCAUCACCUACAAGAACGAAAAUCAAUUCAACAACUGGUUCAUUUAUGUCGUGCUGGCCAUCGUCAUCAUUACCUUGAUUAUCGAAAUCGUCUAUCUCAACAAAGCACUCAACCUGUUCAAUACAGCUCUUGUCACGCCUACUUAUUACGUCAUCUUUACCACCAUGACCAUCGUCAGUUCCAUUGUCCUUUACCGAGGCUUUGAUGCUUCUCCUGUCGAUAUUGCCACCUGUGUCAUUGGAUUUCUCAGUAUCUGUUCCGGGGUUUCUCUCUUGCACAACUCAAAGAGUGAGCCAGAGUCUCCUGACAAGCAAGACGACGAUAAUGAAAAAUGUCUAGUAGACGGUGGUGACCCUAACUCACCUCCACCUCCUCGUAAAGGCGUAUUUUCCAUGUUUGAAAGUAAAAAUCAACUCAUGGUCAAAGAUAAUAGCAGUGAUGGUCAUCCUAGUGCUGCAGAUUUAUUUCCUGCACCCUUUUCAGCCAUUAGUCGAUAUGCUAGUACAACCAAGCGGAGUCAAUCCAUCCUGACCAGACAGCGUUUAACGCAGUCGUCAGAAGACGGUGCAUUAACUACGCCCAAGGGAAGACCUCAUUCAAAUACUAUUUCAAUUGGAAACACACUGAUUGGUGAAGAAGGCUAUAAUCGUGAAUUAAGGUGGAGAGAUUAUCCCACACAAGAUAUCAGUCAUACAGGUCAAUACCAUAGCACUUCACAAGAGAAAGAACAGGAAGAUGUUGACUAUAAAAGUACAAAUACAACCAUUACAUCUUCUACUUCUUCUUUUGGUCGCAAACAUUCCACAUCUAUAUCAUCUCCCACAACUCAACAACAUCGAGCACAGAAUGAAUUGGGUCCCAUCAGUUCAUUUAAACUACAGAUUUAUGGUGGUGAAUCCGAUGAUAGAAAAGGCUUAGUUGAAGAUUGGAACAAGACUACCGAUUAAACAAAUACAUAUAUAUUUUUAUACACACACACACACACAUAUUUUUUUUUUUUUUUUUGUAAUUCUAUUAUCCAUCUAUU